CAGAUGAUGGACUGAUUUUAGUCAGAAAAUCAUCAUGGAUGAGUACUAUUAGAAGAGGAAUUAAGAGGGUUCCCGACAGAAUAAGUAGCUUAAUAAGAAAAUCGUUGCGCAUCCUUUCUCUAAGUGACAGGCCAAAAGAAGUAUCUGAAGGAUCAUCAAGAAAUAUAAUUCUUGAUCCUCAGGAAUCAUUUCUUCAGUUCUGGAACAAAAUAUUUGUCUUGGCUUGUAUAGUUUCAGUGGCCAUUGAUCCAUUAUUCUUCUACAUUCCGGUAGUUGAUAACACGAGGAAGUGCCUCGAUUUGGACCAUUCAUUAAGGAUCCCUAUUUCUCUUCUGCGAUUAUUCACCGAUCUUUUCUAUAUCUAUCAUAUUUUCUUGCAAUUUCGUACUGGCUUUGUUGCUCCUUCUUCUCGAGUAUUUGGUAGGGGUGAGUUGAUUGAGAACUCCUCCCUUAUAGUCAAGCGAUACUUGCUACCUUAUUUCUUCAUUGACAUUCUAGCUGUUCUUCCACUCCCACAGAUGGUGCUAUUUAUCACUGCUCCUAACAUGAAUCGCCCCAUAUCUAUGGAGACGAAAACACAGUUGAUGAUUGUUAUUUUCAUACAAUAUGUUCCAAGAAUCUUUAGGAUAUACCCAUUAUACAAGGAAGUAACAAGAACAACAGGCUUUUUUACUGAAACCGCAUGGGCUGGAGCUGCUCUCAAUUUAUUCCUGUUCAUGAUCGCCAGUAAUGUAGUUGGAGCCUUGUGGUAUAUGAUCACAGUGGAAAGACUAGAUAACUGCUGGAGGAAAGCAUGUAAUCAUAUUAAAAACUGUGUGUUAGACCACUUAUGUUGUGGGAAACAAGGGAAAGGAAACGCUCACUUUCUAAAUUCGUCUUGUCCUCUCCUUAAACCGGACGAUAUAACAGAAGGUGACUUUGAUUUUGGGAUAUUUCUUGAUGCUCUUCAGUCUCAAGUUGUAGGAAAAAGAUGUUUCUGGUCAAAACUCAGCUAUUGCUUCUGGUGGGGGCUGCGAAGUUUAAGUUCUCUUGGCCAAGACCUUAAAACAAGCAACUAUGUAUGGGAGAUCCUUUUUGCCAUCCUCAUAUGCAUUGUUGGGCUGAUCCUGUUCUCCUUGCUUAUUGGCAACAUGCAGGAAUUUUUGCAGUCUAUCACAGUAAGAGUAGAAGGAAUGAGGUUAAGAAGGCGAGAUGCAGAACAGUGGAUGUCUCACCGCAUGCUUCCUGACAACUUGAGAGAGCGCAUUCGAAGAUAUGAGCAGUACAAGUGGCAACAAACUAGAGGUGUUGAUGAAGAUCAUCUAAUUUCUAACCUUCCCAAAGACUUGAGGAGAGACGUAAAGCGUCAUCUCUGUUGGUCUUUGCUCAAAAGAGUUCCCAUGUUUGAGAAAAUGGAUGAACAGUUACUCGAUGCAAUGUGUGAUUGGCUGAAACCAGCUCUUUUCGCAGAGAAUAGCUUCAUAAUCCGAGAAGGAGAUCCAGUGAGUGAAAUGCUUUUUCUCAUGAGAGGUACUUUGUUGACAAUGACCACCAAUGGUGGAAGAACUGGUUUCUUCAACUCUGCAUCCCUCAAGGCUGGUGAUUUCUGUGGAGAAGAGCUUCUUACAUGGGCUUUGGACCCCAAUGGUUCCUCGACUCUUCCCGCCUCUACUAGAACAGUACAAGCUGUCACAGAUGUUGAAGCUUUUUCUCUUGCAGCUGAUGAUCUCAAGUUUGUUGCUGCCCAAUUUAGACGCCUUCAUAGCAAGAAGCUUCGGCAUACUUUCAGGUUUUAUUCACAACACUGGAGGACAUGGGCAGCGUGCUUUAUACAAGCAGCAUGGCGAAGACACUGGAGGAACAAGCUUGAGAAAUCUUUGAGAGAGGAAGAAGAUAGACUGCAGGCUGCAUUGGCAAAUGAGACAGCAAAUUUACCAAGUCUUGGAGCUACCAUUUAUGCAUCAAGAUUUGCUGCCAACGCGUUACGUGCCUUGCGGCGCAACCAUCCAAGGGGUUCCAAAUCAUCUACCAGAUUAAGUCGCUUAUUGCUUCAGAAGCCAGCUGAACCUGAUUUUAGCUCCUAAAGCUAAAGCCUAGAAAUAUUGGAAAGAGGCUCAUCUAUGACCUGGCUGUUGCAGUUUGGUUUUAGUCCUAGUUUUUACGAUCAGUCAGAUAGAAGAGUCUGUUGUAUCUUAGUAAGAUUAGAAAAAGGAAUAUAAAACAGGCAUUUGCUCCUGCCUUGUAAAUUAUGGUAUUCUACUGAACUCAGGCUUUCAAUAGAUUUUGGCUAUUUUACAUGUUGUCACAGUCAAGUAAAAUUUGAACUCUGAAUUCCAAUAGAUUGUGCAAGAUUUUGUAUAGCAUAGAUCUUUUAUUUUAUAAGAAGAAAAAAGUAUUGCAUAUUCUAGCCUGGUUUAAUACCUUUCUUCCAACAAAAAUGUCAACAAUCAAAUCCAGUUGAUAACAAUUAGUUUUCCUCUUUUUGUUUUUCUUUACAGAAUUGGAUCAAUCACAAUAUUGAAAUGUGGAGGAUUAUCAGCAUUCAUGGUACUUGUGUGCUAACCGCCCAAGAAAUUCAGGCAACAACCACUUGCCUCACAUUAUAUAAAUAAUAGUACAAAUUUUCUUCCUUUUCACACCAAACACCAAAUACAAAACUAUACAGUCACUAUCAGUAGAAAAAGAAACAAUGGCAAGGCUAUUCUGUGCUAUGAUCAUUCUCUUGCUUGUUUUAGCAACAUCAGCAGAACCUUCUUGUAAAAUUGUUUUAAAAGGGAUAAUUACCUCUUUGUAUUACAUUAGAGGGAAACAUCAUCGAUUGGACAAGCCAUCAAACGCGUGCUGCAAAGGACUGAACGGUAUAAACAGAGAGGCAAAAAAUGACAAGGAUAUAUUUGCUGUUUGCAAGUGUAUGGAGAACGCUCUUUCACAUAUCCAUUUUGAUCUCACUCGCAUCGGACUAGCUUCACUACUAUGUCAUACACAUUCAUCUCUGGCUUCCACUGGCCCUAAGAUCCGUAUUUGUGCAAGGGGAAUCUGAAUGUUGCAAAUGGAUGCUUGGCUAAUUAUAUGUACGCACAUUUGAUAAUGUUGGCGAUUGAUGUAAAAAUAAAACAUAAGUAAAUGAUUAUGUAUAAAGCUGCAUUCUCAUGGAGAAAUUACUAAUACUGAGAUCCCUUUCUUCUA